ACACAAAAAGCACAAGCUCACACUCUCUUAAAAGCCCACCACUAUCCCGAAUCUCCACCGAGACACCAAAGCCCUCUCUGCUCCGACCCUUAGGCUCACAUAGUGGGGCAUGAUCUACCGAGCCGGUGUGGGUCGAGGGACCCACCCCACCCUAACUUCCUACGCUGGCGCGAUGUCACGAUUCAAGAACUGCCGUAGCUGCCUUAUUUUCCUGGCUGGUAUUAUUGGUGCGGCAAGUGGGCGAGGCGUGCCGGCACGCGUCAGGCUGCUGAUGCUUGAAUCGUCUGCUGUCGUCAUGAGGUUGGCAGGCUUGGCUUUUCUCCUUACCUAUGGUAUUUGUAACUUUUCGAUGCAGUGGGGCUGGUUGCUUGGGCAUGGUGUGGGUUUGCGAGUUGGUGAGCCGUGGUGUGGUUUCGUGUUGAGAUUGUGUAGGUGUGAAGAGGACGUCUUUUGUAGAGUCCGCAAAGCGCGACAACAUUGCGAAAAGGCUGCCGCGCGUUCAUGUGUGAUGAUCAUGAUUCGAUGCAUUAAGAUGUAAUAUUGGGUAUCUGCCAGAUUUCAUAGAUCGUAGAAAGUCGCAUCGCUAUACCAUCGCGCUUCAA